AUGAUUCGUAAGCCGAUUGCGAUCGCGACCUCGAAACCGGCGCGCAAAACAUACCUCAAUACCAUAUUAUUCUUUUCGACGUCACUUGUGUUGUUGGGGUUUGCUGUGGUAGCUUAUGCGGGGUUCUAUUGGAGCUGGGUGCCAGCGCUUGGUGUGGAAAGGAGGGUCUGGUUACAAUUUGCACCAGGCCAACAUCCGCAUGGCAUUGUACCCCUCGACAAUUCCCUUGUAACACGUCAAGAAUACGAUAUUCAACUGGAACUACACAUGCCACGUUCUCCCCUCAAUCUGAGAGCCGGAAAUUUUAUGAUACAUGUGAACUUCCUAGGACCUAAUUAUAAGACCACUAGCUUGAUACCAGGCGUCGAACAUCUACUGCCUCUAUCAAGAAUCACUAAGAAUGAAGAUGUACUCUUCUCGUCUCGGCGACCUACCAUUCUGACAUACGAGAGUGAAUUGGUAUCUGGAUUGGGAAAGCUGGUAAAUGCACCACUGUAUGUGCUCGGGUGGAAAAGAGAAGACGAAAAAAUUACCGUGGAAAUGGCGGAAGGUGUUAGUUUUCCAAGAGGAAACAAGAACAUACCAAGUGCAGUGGAAGUGGUUAUUGAGAAAGACUCGGGCGAAGUACAGAUAUAUGGAUGCAGAAUAUUUAUGAGAGCGAAGUUAAGUGGACUGCGGUGGUGGAUGUGGAAUUGGAGGAUUAGCAGUGCGAUCAUCGGGGUGGGCACAUUUUGGGGGGCGGAAAUGCUGGGGUGUAUUGUUGGGUGGGCAAUCCUGAAGUUAUUUUUUGGAGGAAAGGAGAAAGAAAUGGUUCGAAAGAGACAAGAGAUUGAAAAGAGUGAAGAUGCAAUCAAAGAAGAGGCAACGGAUGAUGAGCCAGAUCUUUCAGAUACUCCGAGGACAUUUCCGACUGUAAGGGGUCAAAUGCCAUUGAUAUAUCCACCAGUAGGUAUCAAGAAAGAAGAGGACGAGGAAGACAAGAUAUUGGAAGAAGCAGUGAUCCUGCCGCUUGGAGGGGAUGCGGACGAUGAAGAUGAAGACGGGGAAGGGAGUUGGCAAGCUGGUAGGAGGAGUGAUUCUGGCCUGGGCACAAGUUUUAGUGAAGGUGGUACUGGAGGCACGGCUCGGCUCACUCGAAGGAGAAGUCGAGGUGGCCAGGCGAAUGGAUCGUGA